CUCAGCACUGGAUGUUGCCGAUCGCCGCGCUGUUUGUUUAGUUCACUUCGAAAAAUGCCUCGGCGGUCUUAUAGUGGUGUGAUGUGUCAGGUGCGCUUUGCGGAGUACUGAUUGCCAGCUAAACUGACUGUUAUACUGUGGUAGUGCACCGUGUAUCCAGCGUGUGUCGGGCUAUCCGAAACGAUGCCUUAUAUCUUGCACUGUGCGGUGGCUCGUAUUCGGAACAAUUUUGCUACCUGCCUUUCACAGUGUGACAACUGAUGAAGGUACCAUGGUUCGUUGAAGAUUGAUGUCGUCAUGCCUUCGAAGCUGCAGCUGGAUAAAAUAGCGUGGCAAUGGACCGAAAUAGUGGAACCAGCCGAUGUCAAACAAGAUCACAUCGAAGCUGCGUACCGGGUUAGAUGUGGUUCUUGCUCGGCGAACACCUGCAGGCGAAACUGUUCAGGUAAUCCCCGUUGCUUAUCGGGACUUGGAGAACGGAAUUGGUUUCAAGAACUAAAAGACAGUGCCUGGCAUGAUGUGGGUGACCCCAAUGCGGAGAGGAGGCCUGAGGGCGGCUUUGUCGGCCUCAAGAACCUUGGCGCAACCUGCUACCUAAACAGCUUUCUCCAGGUGUUGUACCACAACCCUGCUUUUAGACAUUCGCUGUAUCAAUGGGAUCCUCAGGACGAUCCACAGGAGAGUUCCAAGCGAGCAAUUUCAAAUGAAAAGAAAGAGGUUACAGUUCCCAGUGCCUCGGGUUCCUGUGCGACAUACAAGCCUUCGUCGGUCACCGGGCAUCUGCAACUCUUGUUUGCACAGCUUCAGUUCAGUAACAGAAGGUACAUAGACCCUGAGCCAUUCAUCACCUGUCUUGGCCUGAGCACAACCCAACAGCAGGAUGCGCAAGAAUUCAGCAAGCUGCUGAUGUGUCUACUGGAAAAGCACUUGUCCUCACAGCGACAGCUCAGUGCACGCACCAUUGUGCAGGAACAGUAUGCAGGAGAAUACGAUUAUGUCACCAAGUGCCUUGAAUGCAGCACAGAAUCCUUAUGCCCUUCCAAGUUUUAUGAGCUGGACCUCAACAUCAAAGGCCUUAGGCAUUUGGAAGAGGCGCUCAAUCAGUUCCUCAGGGAGGAGAAACUGGAAGGUAGCAACCAGUACCGUUGCGGAGUGUGCGGAGGCAUGCGCAACGCGGUUCGCUGCAUUCAGUUGCGUCGCCUGCCGCCCGUGCUAAAUCUACAGCUGCUGCGCUUUGGCUUCGACCGGCAGGCUGGCUGCCGUAAAAUCAACACUGCGCUGCAAUUCACCGAGACCCUGGACCUGAGCACGCACUUACAAAAACCACCUGGGAGCAUGGUAUAUACUUUGAUGGCAGUGCUCAUUCACCAAGGUUCCAGCGCCAACUCUGGCCACUAUGUGGCCCACAUCAAAGAUCGAACUUCCGGUUCGUGGUACCUCUUCAACGACGAUGGCGUCUGCAAAAUGCGUGGGCGCCAUCUUCAGCUCAACACGGAUGAGGAAAACACAACACGUGCACAAGGGGCUGGCUCUGAUGAUGCAAGUGAGCCACCCAAGCGACUAGCCAAGGGAACUCACGACUCCACAGGAGCAUAUAUGUUGGUCUACCAAAAGAGUGGUCACACAAAUUCCUUCCCACCUGACCAGGAUCCUUUCUGGGCUUGUUUAUUGCCCAAAAUUGUGCAAGAAGCCUUGGACACUGAUAAUGCUGUAUUUGAGCAGUGGGUGGCUGAAAUGGAUGCCAUGCGGGCAGACAAGGUUUCUGCUGGGCGAGCUCAACAGAAGGAGGUGCGCUCCCUUUAUGAGCAGCUGCCCGUCAUUGAAGGGGAGCCUGUGGACUGGAUUACCACUGACUGGCUGAUUAAGUGGCUUGCUCAGGACAAGGAGCCAGUGCCGCCUGUGGACAACUCCUCUGUGCUGUGCACGCACUCGCUGCUGGACCCUCAGCAUGUGAGCAAAGUGAAGUGCAUCAGCAGUCGAGCUGCUGACCUUAUCUACCAAAAGUAUGGUGGUGGGCCACGGCUAAGAGAAGCCCUGUGUACGAGCUGUGUGGUGCAGCAGUGCCGCUACCUUAGGGCCCACACUAGGGUGCAAGAUGAUCAGCGAAAUAUCUCCAGGCUUCUCAAGUUCAAGCCCAGCAGCACAGAGUCGUCCAUGUGGGUGGGCAAGCAGUCGCUGCUCUGGUGGCGCAAGCUGGCCAUGGCACAGGUGGCAUCUCCCUCCCAGGAGACAAACGGCAAUGACACAGGUCCUAUUGAAGAUGACUCCGACACAACGCUGCCACCGGUGUCGGCUGCCACCUUCAGCUUCAAUGAGGACAUCUGCUGCCCACAUGGGGGCCUGAAUCCUAACAAGAACAUACGGCGGCUCGUCAGCAUGGAUGUUUGGACUCUGCUCAUGGGACAUUUCCCCUCGGCACCCCAGUUUCCAGAGUCGACAGAAGAUUGCCAACAGUGCCUGGCUCACCAAAUGGAGGACAGUGCAGCGCAAGUGGCACAGAAGCAACAAGCAGCUCAGGAGCGGCAGCAGUUUGCCGACCUUGUGCAAGAGCGCAACCGACCCGAUCUCAGUGAAAGCACAGCCCGUCUGCUUGCGCGCCAUUUCCUCAGCCAAUGGAAGCUCUUUCUCAAGUAUCCUCUAGCAAAAGAGCGGCCCACGAACAUAGUUAACACCGACCUCCUUUGUCCACAUGGUCUUCUUUUGCACCUGCCCCAAGAUGAAGACAGAGCUGUUGCCAUCUGGCCACAGGAGUGGGAAUCACUUGUUAAACUAUUCCCAGCAGACCUGUGCAUUACUGUGUCACCAGGAACAGGGGACGGCAAGCUGAUCACUGAACCAGCGCUGUGCGAGUCUUGCCGCGAGUCUGCCGACCUGGAGCGGCGCCAGUCGCAGCAGGGCACCGUUCUGGUGCGGCGUGUGUCGAGCCAGGAAGCCGAGGCGACCGCCAAGCGGCCCAGGCUGGACGAGCGGCGCCAGCGACGGGCGCGCCGGGGCGACCGCUCCGUGCACAUGCGCGCCACGCAGACCCUGAUGGACCUCAAGAUCAAGGUGAUGGAACUGUUUUCGGUGGCCCCGUUCGACCAGCACCUGAGCCUGGACCAAGGAGACGGCCAACCGCCGCUGUCACUCAGCGGGAACUCGUACACGCUCGCCGAGCUCGGAGUGCUGCCGGGAGCACUUCUGCUGCUCGUGGUGGAUGAACCGGCAGGUGAACUUGAAGAUUGCGACCAGUCUGGCGGGGACCUGUCUUCCGGAAUGGGUUUUAAAGGUACCAAGCUUCAGGAGUGAGAACCGGAAGUUCCUUCGACGGAUGCGCCCCUUAUUUUCUGUUGGCGGUGUGGAGUGGUGCCUCGCCGUCGCAUCCCUUUAAGUGGAGCACGUGGUUAUUCGAGGAGUGCACAUCGCCCCGUGGUCAGCCUUCCUCUCGUGACAUCGAACCCGGUCGCCUUAUGUCAUUUUCUCACCUGUUUAAUUAAAUCAAAAGAAGAAAAAAA